CUAUAAUCGACUGCGGUUCCACAGAUGUCCGUGACAAAAGCAUUGUUUGUGCAUUCCGUCGGUCUCGCUAUGACGCGGAGGAACCGUCAUGAAUCGUGUAGUUGUGAUCAAUGAAACGUGUGGGCUCAGCGAAUAGAUGAAUCUCAAUGGUGGGAAUAUGAAACGCUGUCUGAAACGAAUCAACUUUUUGUGCAUGGAAGAUCUGUGUUGUGUGUUUUACUAUUAUUCUUGUCAGGCGUCCAACUUCGCACAUUCUGCAACAUUGGCUCAGGAAAUCGCGGUAGUUCAUCAGCACUCUGGAAGGGUUAAAUCUACAUGCGUUCAUCUUAUACGUUGGCGGAUUUUCCAGAUACACAUGCCAUCACGUCAUUUUGCUCUAUUCGACAUUCAAGCAACUGAAUAGUUAACGUUCUUCACUCCGUAUUUCGCUAACUCGUUGUUUAAUAUUUCCAGAAAUUACCUCCUCCGCUGGUGAGUGAGGUUGCACAUCCCUAUAACAUGCAAGGGAGCUCGACGCCAUAUUUUGUGUGGUAACCAUAUGCCGGGUCUUAUUCAGACCUACAUUAAAGCAAAAACCAAA